CUUUGUGGAAGAGUGUGGUUGGAUGUUGACUGUUGCCAGCUUUCAGCAAACUAGGAAGUGGCGGCUCUUGUGUUCGGUACAGAUAAGCAAAGUCCGUAACUGCGGUGAACACGGUGUCAGCCAUGUGUCCUCCAGGCGUCCAUGUACCUGCCGGUCUACUGUGAAGAGGAAGAUGACUAACUUCAUCUUGAGUUUGAGGCCGCUUGGAAUGCUGAACUUAUUUCACCAAAUUCUACCCUGAAACUCACAUUUUAUUCACAUCAUGGCUCCUAUUCCUCCAGGGAUCCAUCUGCUGGUGUCCUUCAACAGGGAACAAUGGUACCGAGCUCUGACCUUCAUGCUGACCUUCUUGCUUUACACUAGCUUUCACCUUUCCAGGAAACCCAUCAGUAUCGUAAAGAGCGAGCUUCAUAAGAACUGCUCAGCAGCCAGUGAGCUGGCUGCCGCCAACGGCGCUGUGGCCAGCAGUGGAGGCCAGGAAGCCUCUUUCCCUUCACUCCACACUGAGAUGGAGUGCAGCUGGAAACCUUUUGAUAAAAGCAACUACAAGCAGCUGCUAGGAGCCAUGGACUACUCUUUUCUCUGUGCCUAUGCCAUUGGGAUGUACCUCAGCGGCAUCAUUGGGGAGCGCCUACCUAUCCGGCUGUAUCUAACAGUGGGAAUGCUGAGCAGUGGACUUUUCACCUGCCUGUUUGGACUUGGUUACAUUUACAACAUUCACAGUCUCGGCUUCUAUAUAUUUGUUCAGGUGGCCAAUGGUUUGGUUCAAACUACUGGUUGGCCCAGUGUCGUGACCUGCAUUGGCAACUGGUUUGGAAAAGGAAGGCGUGGGCUCAUCAUGGGACUUUGGAACUCCCACACCUCAGUGGGGAACAUCCUGGGUUCUCUGAUCGCUGGGUACUGGGUCUCCUCUAACUGGGGCCUUUCCUUCAUUGUACCAGGCCUCAUCAUCGCAGCCAUGGGAGUCAUUUGUUUCCUUUUCCUUAUUGAACAUCCGAAUGACUUAAAAGGCAUAUAUACUCAGAACCUGUCUCCUGGCAACAGCGUUUCAGCCAAAAGUUGGAAUGGAGCAAAUGGACAUCCAAAAGUAUACUUGCAAUACAAGGAUAACAAAAAGCAGGCCUACAGCUUUUUUAAGGAAUGUCUUCAAAAUAGGAAGAACUACGACACGGAGCUGCUGCUGCCCCGGGAUGCUGUGUGUGUCCCUGCCCAGCCGGUUGUGGUGGUGAAGAGCGAGUCAGAGCCUUCUGCCAUUAGCUUCAUGGGAGCGCUGCGAAUACCUGGAGUGGUGGAGUUUUCUCUCUGCCUGCUCUUUGCCAAGCUGGUCAGUUAUACCUUCCUUUUCUGGCUGCCCCUCUACAUCACCAAAGCAGCUCACUUGGAUGCAAAGAAAGCAGGAGAUCUCUCCACCUUGUUUGAUGUUGGAGGAAUUGUGGGUGGGAUCUUGGCAGGAGUGAUCUCUGAUAAAUUGGGGAAGAGAGCCAGCACAUGUGCAGUUAUGCUACUUCUAGCUGCUCCUACACUCUAUGGCUUCUCUAUGAUCAGCCAGCUGGGAUUGGGACCAACCGUUGGAAUGCUGCUCGUAUGUGGAGGUCUGGUGAACGGACCAUAUGCUCUCAUAACAACUGCUGUGUCAGCAGAUCUGGGAACACACAAAAGCCUGAAAGGCAAUGCCAGGGCUUUGUCCACAGUCACAGCCAUCAUCGAUGGGACAGGAUCUGUAGGUGCAGCUCUGGGCCCCCUGCUGGCAGGCGUGUUGUCUGCAGGUGGCUGGAAUCAGGUCUUCUACAUGCUAAUGACUGCCGACUUCCUUGCCUUGCUGCUUUUAUUACGGCUGGUGACCAAGGAGCUGUCCUCAUCCAAGUCCCACCCCGUCUCUGCUAUAGAGUUGAAGGAGCACUGAGCACCAUGAUUGCACUGUUACCACACACACCUCUCUCUGAAACACACACACUGACCACUCGUCUCAGUCUGGAAAGGAGGGCAGCUCAGCAAAUCCCUGGAAAACAUGUCAGGCUCAAAUGCACAAGAUUUACUCUGGAGAAGAGCUGGAAACUGAAGAUGAAUCAAGCUCAACAGCAGCAUACUUCAAGCUUCAUGUACACUCAGCUUAUUUGUAUCUUUCCUCAUAUAUCUCUUGAAAACACAGCUGAAUCCUGUUUAACAAUCUUUCUAUUUUUAACAAGUGUGGCCCAACAGAGAACUCUGAUUUGGUUUUACUCAGUUAUUCAUAAUAGAUCCUUGUUUAAGGAAAGACAGAAUCCUUCUAAUCAUAAUGAUCACCAAACCUACAACUCUAAAUUAGCUGUCAUGUUUACAUUCAGAUAAUAGUUUGUAUUGCUCCAGCUAGAGAAGAAUAGUAGACUGUAGCAGGAGUCUAAAAAACAGGGCUUCUUCUUUGGAGCCUGUCUUCAUUUUGAACCAUAUACUACAGAUACUGCUCACAGAUAUCAAUACUAGUAUUCAUGGUCUAAGUUCGUAGCAUCAUAUUAAUUAUAUGAAGUCUUAACAAUGCUUAGGCAUCAAAUCAAAAAUUCAGAUCAUAGGGUUUUAUCUUUGUUUUUUAUUCUCUUGUUACUAACAGCGAAUGUAAAACACUUUAAACUAGUUGUUGCAAUCAUGACGUUUGUAGUGAAAAUCCCAGAGUUAGCUUUCUGAGCAAUGUCCUCCCUGCAGCACCAGAUGCAGCUUUGUAGCGCUCACUGCCAUUUUGGUUUUUCAUUCAUUUGUUGGAUUGUAUUCUUGUUGCAGAGUGCCAUUUUAAUUUGAUGCGAUUCAUCUAUCAAUUAUAGAUCAAAACAGCACAGACAACAUCUGUAUAUAUGAGUCUUGAAGUCGUCUCUCUGCUAAAUGGAGGUGAGCUUUAGUUGUAGCAGUUAGCUGUCUGUGCGUCGUCCCAAAUUAAGCAUUGUUUUUCAGCAGUUGACCACUGAAACGAAGCUGCUAUUGCCUUACUGAACCAAAGAGAUUAUGAAAUCACUUUAUUUGUUGAAUUGAACAUUCCUUAAUCUGUAUGUUUAUUUCUGAUUAAUAUUUUUGUAUUCUUUGUCUUGUAAUAGGGCACCAAAGCUCUAUUUUUCUAAGCUGCUAAGAGGAAUGUGGUCUGUACUAGGGGCCUGGGGUGAGCGGGUCUGAUAAAUUAUCAAUGCACUUGUGGGAUUAGAAGGUUUUCAGGCUGAAAUGGUUUAUUUUUAAAUUCAGUUUUUGCAAGGUUUUUAUUUAGAACUUGCUCAUUUUAAGUUAAGUUGAAACAUAAAAUAAUUAUUUCUAAUUUAUCAUUUGCUAAGGUGAUUAGUCUGUUCAUUAAAAAUUGUGAAUCUUGCAAGAUGCUUAGCUAUUUUUCUGUUUUAUUUUUAAUUAUUUAUGUUAUGUUAAUUUAUUGACUACUUAGAAGAUGUAUAUAAUUGUAUCUUCACUAAAAGAAAACCACGUGUAUAUUUAUUUUGGGAUGGUGGUAGGACUUUGAGUACUUGAAAUAUAUUGUGCCUUGUUUGCUGUAACUGAUUUUCCAAAAGAAAAUCACAAAUUUUGAUUUCUGUAACUGCUCUUUCAUGGAACACAUUGGGGAAAAGGAAUAAACAUUGGUUUUGUGGGA